UGCUGUCAGGAAAUAUAUAUUAUUUAAUAAACGUUGUUUCUCAAAUAACAUAAACUUCUUAUAAAGCUUUUGCGAGGCAGAUUCAUAUCGAUAUACGGCAGUCGAUUGCGCCCAUACGGCAUCCCCGAUCUGCGUUGGCAAACAAAAAAAAAUCAGUUGUCAGCGUUGAUCCCGAUUUGGCCGCGCAAGUUAAUAAUUGAUGAAAGCAAGAUGAGUUUAAAGCCAACUUCGUAUGUAUGUGAAUCAGCGACGCAGUUGGCAGAAGGCUGCACGCUCUCUGUGCGUAUGCAAAAGCCAGAUGUGUGGAAAAUGGCGGAAAUUUUGAGCACCAAAAAAGUGGGGAACAAGCGUCUAUACUAUGUGCACUUCUUGGAUUUUAACAAGCGUCUGGAUGACUGGGUUGAGGAGAAGGAACUGGACUUGUCGUCUGUGCAGUUUCCUCGCAACCGACAGCGCCACGCAAUGGAACGUUCUACACGAUCGCGGAAGAAUCUCCCAAACGCCCCUGCACAGCAAUCCCAACUGAAGAAGAAGCCUGUACGUGAAAUCAAGAAUGUGCAGUGGAUUGAGCUGGGAAAGCAUCGCAUGAAGCCCUGGUACUUUUCGCCAUAUCCUGAGGUAAUGUGCGCCGAGCCGUGCAUCUACUUGUGCGAGUGGUGCCUAAAGUACGUGAUGAAUGCCACAUGCCUGGCUCGCCAUUUGAUUAAAUGCAAUCUUCGCCAUCCGCCUGGCGAGGAAAUCUACCGCAAGGACACAAUAUCGUUCUUCGAGAUUGACGGACGCCGGAGCAGGACAUACGCGCAGAAUCUCUGCCUCCUGAGCAAGCUGUUUCUAGACGAAAAGACUCUAUAUCACAACACGGAUCCCUUCCUGUUCUACAUAAUGACAGUGUUCGACUCGCGCGGCUUCCAUAUGGUGGGAUACUUCUCUAAGGAGAAGGUGAGCGACGGCAACAACUUGGCCUGUAUGUUGACUCUACCUCCGUACCAGCGCAUGGGCUAUGGCCGCCUGCUCAUCGAGUUCAGCUACGAGUUGUCAAAGUGUGAGGGGAAGACCGGCUCGCCAGAGAAACCGCUCUCGGACCUGGGGCUCCUCUCUUAUCGUUCCUUCUGGGCCCAGGCCAUACUUGGUGUACUCAUCAAGCAGAAGCUCGACGUUGCGGAGGACAAGAUUACCAUUUCCAUCAAUGAAAUCUCUGAGAAGACUUCCAUCAGCACAGAUGAUGUGGUAUCCACACUGACUCAUCUGAAACUUAUCAAGUACUAUAAGAGCCGAUACAUUGUCUGCGUCAAAGGCGAUGUCGUUGAGAAUUAUUGGAAAGACAAGACCAAACCUCAACUGUGCAUUGAUGCCACCUGCCUGCGCUGGGUGCCCAAGGAUUGGACUGGUUCUCAGAAACGCUAGGAAUGAAAUAAUCCCUAGAAUACUCUAUAUUUUUCGAUCGCAUCAACAAGCAGGAGUUCAAUCUUCUACUUCUACCUCUUGGACAGACAGUCCCGAAUUAUACAGGAUUCAUUUAAGAAUAGAUAUUACGUUUACUUUAUUUGUAGCUUUUAAGUUGUAUGAGCAGAUACAUUAAGGAAUAGCGCUUACAGAAGGCCCAUUCGACGAAGAAGGCGCCAGUGACGCCGACAAUGGUUUCACGGACGUUGACGAAUGGGUCGCAGUAAUACUAAUGCCUCCUCGCCACUACAAUCCUGGGCUGAAUCUGCGCCUCUUCGCUCUGGGCCUUGGAUUUCCUGUGAGCCAUGUGUGCAUCACGGAAGAAGAUGGAGGUUCUUCAGAGCAUGAUGCAAUUAUACAAGGUGGUCUCGUCGG